AGGGGAGUGUGAGGAUAAGGGGAGAGAGGAUCUGUGCCGUGCACUUGGCUGAGCAUCGGGGAGGAAAGCUUCCAACAGAGGAUUUCUCAGCUUUGGAUGCCUGCCGGCUGUUUGCAGGCACAUUAGCAGGUAUCUGCGUGGUGCCCUGAAGGAUGUGGGCUGAAGGCGAGUCGGAGGGACUGCAGACUCUGGGCAUUGUGGUGGUGGUGUGCUCCUCUCUGAAACUUUUGCACUACCUCGGGCUCAUUGACUUGUCGGACGAUAAAAUUGAAGAUGAAUUAGAAAUGACUACGGUGUGCCACAGACCCGAAGGCCUGGAGCAGCUUGAAGCGCAAACCAAUUUCACUAAAAGAGAGCUUCAAGUGCUUUACAGAGGAUUUAAAAAUGAAUGUCCUAGCGGGGUGGUUAAUGAAGAGACGUUCAAACAGAUCUAUGCACAGUUUUUUCCUCAUGGAGAUGCUAGCAUGUAUGCACAUUAUCUCUUUAACGCAUUUGACACUGCACAGAAUGGCUCAGUGAAGUUUGAGGAUUUUGUGAUGGCGUUGUCCAUUCUGUUGCGGGGAACAGUUCAUGAAAAGCUCAGAUGGACGUUUAACCUGUACGACAUAAAUAAGGAUGGCUAUAUAAACAAGGAGGAGAUGAUGGAUAUAGUAAAGGCAAUUUAUGAUAUGAUGGGAAAGUACACAUAUCCUGUGCUCAAAGAAGAUGCUCCAAGGCAGCACGUAGAAGUGUUCUUCCAGAAAAUGGAUAAAAACAAAGAUGGUGUUGUAACUUUAGAUGAGUUUAUCGAAUCGUGUCAGGAGGAUGACAAUAUCAUGCGGUCCUUGCAGCUCUUUGAGAACGUAAUGUAACCAUGCCUGGAAAGCUCUGGAAGAGUCAGAGACUGUGUGUGUAACAAAGACCUCCUUUCUGCGUGAAAGCUUUUUAUAAUUCAGCCAUGUUCAAUUCAGCCAGCGUGUGAGGAUUUUGUAUGACAUCUCCAAACAAAUGGCAACUGAAUGCAACGUCGCAAGAGAUGACGGUGGACCUCUAUUUCAUUUUGGAAGCAUGCAAAUACUUUAAUAAAACCUGAUGAGAGAGCUGCUGCUCGAAGCUCAAUGAGUAAUACACACAGCGUUCUGUUUGCAAGCCACAAGUCCUGCUUUAAUCUAGCAAGCUUGAUUGCGUAUGAUAGCUCAUGUUGAUAGCAUAUUCAGCCACCUAUUACAAGCAAAAAGCUCAGUCCAUACAACCAUAUGGCAAAAUGUUUUAUGGAUGCCUUGCCUUUAAUCUGCUUUGACAAA